AAAAGGUCCCAUCUCCACGUUUCAAACUCCUCGCAAGCUCUCCUUGCCUCUCCCUCCCCCCAUAAUUCGCUCCCCACCUCUCCUCUCCUCUCCCCCUUACCCAUUAUAUCACCCUAAUAAUCUCCAUUAAUUCAUUCUAUAUAUUCGCUCGCACUAAUUUGUGAAAUUCAAUUCCACGACAAUGAGAGAGAUCCUGCACAUCCAGGCCGGGCAAUGCGGCAACCAGAUCGGCGGCAAGUUCUGGGAAGUCGUGUGCGACGAGCACGGCAUCGACGCCCGCGGCAACUACGUCGGCAGCUCGCACCUGCAGCUGGAGCGCGUGAAUGUGUACUACAACGAGGCGAGCGGCGGCCGCUACGUGCCGCGGGCCGUGCUCAUGGACCUCGAGCCCGGCACGAUGGACGCGCUCCGCACCGGGCCCUACGGCCAGAUCUUCCGCCCCGACAACUUCGUCUUCGGGCAGAACGGCGCCGGCAACAACUGGGCCAAAGGGCACUACACCGAGGGGGCGGAGCUCAUCGACGCAGUCCUCGACGUGGUUCGUAAGGAGGCCGAGAACUGCGACUGCCUCCAAGGGUUUCAGAUCUGCCACUCGUUGGGAGGGGGGACGGGGUCGGGGAUGGGGACGCUGCUGAUAUCGAAGAUCAGGGAGGAGUACCCGGACCGGAUGAUGCUGACGUUCUCGGUGUUCCCGUCGCCGAAGGUGUCGGACACGGUGGUGGAGCCGUACAACGCGACGCUGUCCGUGCACCAGCUGGUGGAGAACGCCGACGAGUGCAUGGUGCUCGACAACGAGGCCCUCUACGACAUCUGCUUCAGGACCCUCAAGCUCACCAACCCCAGCUUCGGCGAUCUGAACCACCUGAUCUCGACGACGAUGAGCGGCGUGACGUGCUGCCUGCGCUUCCCGGGGCAGCUGAACUCGGACCUGCGGAAGCUGGCCGUGAACCUGAUCCCCUUCCCGCGCCUCCACUUCUUCAUGGUGGGCUUCACCCCUCUCACCUCGCGCGGCUCCCAGCAGUACCGCGCCCUCACCAUCCCCGAGCUCACCCAGCAGAUGUGGGACGCCAAGAACAUGAUGUGCGCCGCCGACCCCCGCCACGGCCGCUACCUCACCGCCUCCGCCAUGUUCCGCGGCAAGAUGUCCACCAAAGAAGUCGACGAGCAGAUGAUCGCCGUGCAGAACAAGAACUCCUCCUACUUCGUCGAGUGGAUCCCCAACAACGUCAAGUCGAGCGUGUGCGACAUCCCCCCCACGGGUCUCGCCAUGUCCGCCACGUUCAUGGGCAACUCCACGUCCAUCCAGGAGAUGUUCAAGCGCGUGUCCGAGCAGUUCACCGUGAUGUUCCGGCGCAAGGCUUUCCUUCACUGGUACACCGGCGAGGGCAUGGACGAGAUGGAGUUCACCGAGGCCGAGAGCAACAUGAACGACCUCGUCUCCGAGUACCAGCAGUACCAGGACGCCGUCGCCGAGGACGAGGGCUACGCCGACGAGGAGGAGGCCGAGGAGAACUGAUCGUGCACGAUCCGGUCCUUUCAUUUCGUUAUUACCAUUAUUAAUUGCUAUUAUUAUUUUUAUGGACCGAAUUAUGUGAAAUCAUAUAAGUUGUAUCGGUUGUGAAUUUGUUAUCUGCAUUUGAUUAUUAUUAGCUGUCGUGAGGGUUGCUUGGUUCCACGGCCGUCCAGUAUUAUAAACUUGCAUGUGAUUGUAUCAUUUUUCAGUCAUGUGACAGUAUUCCUGUAUAGAGUAUGUGUAUUCCUUGCUGUAUGUACUAGCUCUUGUUAUCAUAUUUGUAAUUGGUUUAUGGCGAGCUUUUUAUAA